CAGAGGUUGGACAGACAGUCCAACUCCACCAGAAUGGCACAUCAAUACCCACAAUCAAUUGUCCAAAGCUUUGCUGUGUUUCCCAGCAUGGUCUCAAGAGCAUGGAGGAGAUUCCAGGAGACAGUCAGCUACUCUAGGAGAGCUGGGUAGGGCCAUCAGAGGUCCUCAACUCAUCUGCAGGACCAGUCAAGGUUGUCCCUGGGAUCCAUGGCCACAUUUGAAUCAGACUACUCUGUGAGGAACCUUCACACCCAGCUAUGGCUUGGUUUUUUCUGAUCUUCUUUGCCAUCCUCAUCCUGGUUGUGCUGGCAUGGCAACUGAAAGCCAAGUCCUCACAUGGCCCCCAGGAGCCCCCACGUCUCCCAGCGCUGCCUUUAAUUGGCAGCCUGCUGAGUCUGCAGAGCCCUUGCCCUCCUCAUGUACUUUUUAAAGAGCUCCAGAAAAAGUAUGGAGAGACGUUUUUGCUGAUGAUGGGCUCCCACAGAGUGAUUAUUGUCAACCAGCAUGCACAUGCCAAAGAGGUCCUGCUGAAGAAGGGCAAGAUCUUCGCAGGAAGGCCCAGAACUGUAACCACAGACAUUCUGACCAGAGAUGGAAAAGACAUUGCAUUUGGAGAUUACAGUGCUGCCUGGAGGUUCCACAGAAAGAUAGUACAUGGAGCUCUUUGCAUGUUUGGAGAAGGCUCUGCCUCCAUUGAGAGGAUCAUCUGUGCAGAGGCCCAGUCUCUAUGUUGCACUGUGUCAGAGGCAGCAGCUGUUGGCCUGGCUCUGGAUCUGGCACCAGAGCUGACCCGAGCCGUCACAAACGUGGUGUGUUCCCUCUGCUUCAACUCCUCCUACUCCCGUGAAGACCCAGAGUUUGAAGCCAUGCUGCGCUACAGCCAGGGCAUUGUGGACACAGUGGCUAAGGACAGCCUGGUUGACGUCUUCCCCUGGUUACAGGUUUUUCCCAAUGCAGACCUGCGUCUUCUGAAGCACUGUGUUGCAAUCAGAGACAAACUUCUGCAGAAGAAGUACGACGAGCAUAAGGCAGAUUACAGUGACCAUGUCCAGAGAGACCUGCUAGAUGCCUUGCUCAGAGCCAAACGCAGCGCUGAAAACAACAACACAGCAGAGAUUAAUGCUGAGUCUGUCGGUCUCAGCGACGACCACCUUCUAAUGACGGUGGGAGACAUCUUUGGUGCCGGAGUUGAAACCACCACCACUGUGCUCAAAUGGGCUAUCACCUACCUCAUCCAUCAUCCAGACGUACAGAGGCGCAUCCAGCAUGAACUGGACACCAAAAUCGGAGCGGAUCGCUCUCCCCGCCUCAGUGACAGAGGCAGUCUGCCCUACCUGGAGGCCACCAUUAGAGAGGUGUUACGGAUCCGUCCUGUAGCUCCCUUACUCAUCCCUCAUGUGGCACUAAGUGACACCAGUAUUGGGAAUUUCCGAGUUAAAAAAGGCACUCGAGUCAUCAUCAACCUUUGGUCACUGCAUCAUGAUGAAAAGGAGUGGAACAGCCCUGAGGUCUUUGACCCUGACCGCUUCUUGGACAGUGAAGGCACAGGUCUGAUCAUCCCAUCAUCCAGCUACCUCCCAUUUGGUGUUGGGAUCAGGGUGUGUUUGGGUGAGGCCUUGGCCAAGAUGGAGCUCUUCCUCUUCUUGUCAUGGAUCCUACAGCGCUUCACUCUUUCUGUUCCGCCAAACCAUUCUCUUCCCAGUCUGGAGGGCAAGUUUGGUGUGGUCCUCCAGCCAACCAAAUACAAAGUGAAAGCCACACCCAGACCAGGAUGGCAUAGAGCCAAGAGCCAGACUUGCUGAGAGCCGAGCCAUGUUCUGCUAAAUAUCUUUCUGCUUUAGGCCGGGAGCACGUAGUUAAAAAGUAACCAGCCAACAGAACAGGCAGCAUUGCUUUGCACAGAUGACAUUUCCCAGUAUAUACAAUUUAUGAAUAUAUCCUUGCAGAAUAGACAACAUAAAAAUGUGCCUGCAAUCAAGAACUGAACAUAUUUCCUUUGCUGCGUUACUUCACUGAAUAAAAUAAAGUGAGAGGAGAGACUACUGGUUGAAAACACUAAUACAGACUAUUGUUGCUUUACUUUAAAAUGCUAUUAUUACCUGCAUCUAAGAUAAUGUAUUAAAGGAACUAUUUGUCUUAAUGUGCUAGGCUUUUUGCUUUACUUGUAUGUAUUACUGUGUUGGUUAUUUUAUUACUGGACCAUUUCACUUUUUUAUACCUCAAACAGUCAAAUGAAAACAUAAGAUGAAGCCCUUAAAACAGGUCAAAUUAUAAAUAAGGAACUAGUAUAAAGCGUGUUCAGCAUGAAGGAGCUCAGUCUGAACUGAUCUGGUACAGAGAACAGCCACAUAGGCUCAGCUGACACAGCUCACUGGGGUAAAUAGUUUCCACAUUCAUUGGUUUUUACACACUUUAAUAAGACCUCAUUUACUGUAUAAUUCUGAAAUCACGAUUCCUCAUAACAAAAAUAGUUUAAAGAGAUGCUCAAGUCAGGGAUGUCCAACUCCAGUCCUCAGUGACUGAGUCCUGCAUGUUUUAGAUGUGUCCUCACUUCUGUAAAGCUGAUUUAUUUUACUGGGUUCUGCAGAAACAUGCUAAUGACUCGUUCAUUUCACUCAGGUAUGUUAAAUCAGCGAAACAUCUAAAACAGGUCUGCAACUCCAGUCCUCGAGUGCCACUGUCCUGCAACGUUUUGAUGCAUCUGUUCGAACACACCUGAAGUAAAAGGUGGAACUACAUCCUUGGCAUGUCAGCAGAUUUUGCUAAGGCCGUAUCAUUCAUUUUAUUCAGGUGUGUUGGAGCAGGGAUGCAUCCAAAAGUUGCUGGACAGUGGCACAUGAGGAGUGGCGUUGCAGACCCCUGAUCUAAAACAUGCAGGACACCAGCCUGUGAGGACCGGAGUUUGACAACACUGGGCUUAGUGUUUAUUAAACUGAGAUGAACACAAUCAAUUAAGGUUCUAAAUAUUUCUUCCUCUUUUAUUAUAAAAUCGUAGUUCUUGUAUACCCAUUUUGCUCAUGUUGAUGUUCAUGUUAGCCUUUACUGACACUUAAGGUCUUAAGGUCUAUUGACACUUAAGCCUGAACAGGAAGGUGGGAUAAACAUGGGAUGACACGAUUUUUGCUCACAUGUGUAUAUUUAUGCUAUAAAUUUAUUGCUGAUGUGAUAUGUUCUCCAACCUGCCUGUUUGUUACUCUUACAUUUUUUGGAUAAUAAACUUUAGACCUGC